GGCGUCGUAGGGAUUCUGUUGUUGUUGUAUUGCACGUAGUUAUGUGAAGGAAGCCAAGUGGAUUCAUCUCCAUUUACUCAAACUAAACAACAAACUACUAGAUUAAAUUGUGUCUGUCUCGAUUCGGCGGGUAUGAGAGAGGUCUGGGAAGACUAUGCUGAGAUCCACUGGUUUCUUCCUUGGGAUUGACUGCCCGUUUUACACGGAUAGUUGCAACGUGAUAAGUGUCAAAGAUGGGUGCAAAAGACCGUACUGUCACUUCAGACACAGCCAACAGAGACGGGCGUCUUAUGGAUCAAAUGACAUAAGAAAAUCAAACGAGCUUUACUCCAAACAAAAGGAGCAAUGCGGCUAUGACCCAUUCAAACCAGAGGUAGUGAGACCUGAGGAGCAACAGAAUGGGGAGCCUGCUGCUGCAACAGUGGACAUGGGUGCCUUGGAGCUUGAGUUGGUCAAUCGCGCCAUCGAGGAGGUACGCAGUGAGGUGGAGCGGGAAAAGAAGAAACUCUCACGAAUCGGGGAUCAGGAAUAUGACCCUACCGACAGUUCCCCCAAAGUGGUUGCUAAAUGGCCAAAACCACUGGCCGUGACAUCACACUUGGCGUAUGACCCAGGCAGUUAUCAGAUGACUACAACAGCUGAUUACAACCCUACCCCUCGCUCCAGUAAGUACACCUUAGAUUCCGACAGCAAAGACAACCAUGCCAGCUCCAUGGAAUAUGUGCCCACCUCAGUUACCAAAAUGGCUGUGAAAAAGCCUGUUCCUCGAACACAAACUCCUCAUCUACACUCUUUGCCUACUAGUCCUAAAUACUCCACUAUUGCAUCCUGCUCCAAGAAUAAGUACACAGUGGAUCAUUCUAAACCAUCCACAGACAUGGAAUAUGACCCUCUCUGCAACUAUUCAGCAAAAAUAGCUGGCAAGAAUAAGAAACACCAGAGGACAGGGGCUACUAUGGGUGAAGGAAAAAAGAGACCUCACCUGUCAGGGACAGGAAAGCAGUCAACAGAUGAGGAAUAUGUGCCAACCAUUAAGAAGCCUCGUCAGGUAAUACCAGACCCACUGAAGUACACUGCCAAUUUCUCUGAGUCUGAUGAAGAGCGCUCUGGGACAGAGUAUCGACCCACUUCUCUCAGCCGUCUGCAGAGGAGGAAAAGCAGCAGUGGGUCAGUGGAGGAAGCCUCUGGUCCAGGGAAAGGAGAGAGGACGGAAGGAGCCGUAGGUGGGCUGAAACAACAGAGGAGUCAGGAGUCUAAAAAGCAGCAGGACGCAGCACACUGGGAGUCAGAGGACUUGGAGAACCAGGAAAUAGUAGCUAGGCAGAAAGACAAGCCAGAGACUGAAAUAGUGGCAGGUAAAACUAACCAAAUGAAGAGCAGCAAAGUAAAGAAGGUGCAUAAAUCUGAAAAGGAGUCCAGUAAAAAGAGUGGUGCUGGUGGUGGUAGUAGUAGUAAAAAAGGAGCAGGGGACGGGGAGAAAAUAAGUGAUUCAAAGAAAUCAAGCCACGAAACUGCAAAGAAAGACCGCAAGAAUCAGGGAAAGAAAGAAGAAAAAUGCAAGAUAAAGGAUACAUCCAUAGACAAAGGCAAGAAGGAGGGAAAGGGAGAAAAGAGAAGUGAUGGAAAGAGUAAGAUAAGGACAGACAAAGUUAAAGGGGAGUCAAGCAAGAGGGAGAAUGAGAGGAGAGAAAAGGGAGGUGGGGAUAGUAAAAAACUGCAGACUUCAGACAAGGAAAAGGACGCUAUGUUUAAAGAACAGAAGAAUGGUAAAUAUGACAGCAAUGAAAGAGAAAAAGAUUCAAAGAAAGUAAGCAAAGGGAGUUCUAAAAUCGAUAAAGACAAGGUGAAGAAAAGCAGCAGUAGCUCCUCUGAUGGCAAAACAGGAAAGGUGAAACAAAGAUCUCUGAGUCACGUAGAUCUGUUUGGUGAUGAGAGUGUAGAGGAGGAAAGUGAGGAGGAUGAAGACGAUGAGGGAGAGGAGACAAUUGUGAGGAAGUCAGCUGCUCCUUUCAAGAGGGGAAGUUUGACUAGGAGGAAUGUCUCAGAACUCACCCCCUCAUCCUCAGAGGAUGAAGAUGUUGGUGCAGAAGAUGACGGAGGCUAUGAUGACAUGGAUGAUUGUGGGGUGGACUACUCCAGUCUACAGGUGGACAUGGACUUUGACCUGGAUAAUGACCCAAUGGAGGAGUGCUUACGGAUCUUCAAUGAAUCCAAGGAUGUGAAGACUGAGGACAAGGGAAGGCAAGCCAAGCCCGCUAAAGAUUCAGAGGAUGAGGAUUCCACAGAGAGCAAUCAAACCACUCUUUUCCCUGGUCAGAGGAAAAGGGUUUCACAUUUCUCAGCCAAAGGAAGUACUGAGUCAACCCCGAAGCCUCCACCAUACAGGAGACUGACUGCCCAGGAGAUCUGUUACCAGCGUAUGCAGAUAGCACAGCAGCAGGCUGCCCAGCUGGCUGCAGCUGUGAAGACUGCCUCCACACCCAGGCCUAGCCCCAGCCCUUUCCCUGGGGAGAGGAAGAGAGUAGCCCACCGCCCCACCCCUUUACCAUCCUCUUCCAAAUCUGGUCUUGCCGCGGCGAAGUCGGCGGGCAGCAGAGUGUUGUCGCCCACCAGUACCCUCCCAGCAGGUCUCUCUGUGAAGGCCCAGACAUCAGCCGGCAUCCUGUCAAAGACCACUACCACUAUUGUACAGAAGAGGGUGGCACACACUCCCACAAUGAAGAGCUCUGCAAUGAAGCGGCCAGUUAUUCCCACCGCGUUUGGGGCCAAAGUACCCACCAACGUCCGCCAACGAUACCUCAACACAUUUAUAGACGAGUGUAUGAAGUUCUGCCCCUCUGAAGACAUGGCCUUCCAAAUGGCCCUGGAGGAGGAGAAGGUGGUGUAUGACCGGAGCAGCAGUAAGAACAUCUACCUCAACGUGGCAGUCAACUCACUGAAGAAGCUACGCAGCAAGAGCAGCUCCCCCAACUCACUCGUUGCCAUGAACCCUGCAGUGGUGGGGAACAGGAAGUCCCAGUCCCAUGAAGAAGUGCUGGGGGGACGCCUCGCUGCCAAGACCAGCUUCACGAUAAACAGGACGGGCAAGCAACAGGCAGAGAAACUCAGUGGCGCUACUCUGUACCGGAAGCUGAGGGACUAUCUGAUGACGGAGGAACGGCUGCAGGAGCAUGGAUACCCUAGGCCACACCCUGAGCGCUCAGGUCGAGCCGUGGUCCACAACGUCCCAGAGAAGAACAACGUUGACCCGUUUGCCAAGGUGUGCUGUCGAUGUGGGGCCGAGUAUAAGAUCAAUGCCAACGGCAACUGUGUUCGCAAGGAGGAGUGUAAUCACCACUGGGGCCGUCUGCGCAGACAUAAAGUGUCGGGAGGCUGGGAAACCAACUACAACUGCUGCUCAGGAACUGUGGGCUCUACUGGUUGCUCCGUGUCUAAGCAACACGUUCAGGACGGCCGCAAAGAGUCUUUGGGUGGCUACGUUCAGACCUUUGAGAAACAGCUGCCCCCGGACGGCAACUGUGGAGUCUAUGCCCUGGACUGUGAGAUGUGCUACACAAAGCAGGGUCUGGAGCUGACCAGGGUGACUGUUAUCAACUCUGAGCUGAAAGUCAUCUAUGACACAUUUGUUAAACCUGAAAGCAAAGUGGUAGACUACAACACACGGUUUUCGGGUGUAACGGAGGAGGACCUGGAGAAUGCCAGCAUCACCCUGAGAGACGUGCAGGCGGUGAUGCUCAACAUGUUCAACGCUGAAUCCAUCCUCAUAGGACACAGCCUGGAGAGUGACCUUUUUGCCCUCAAGGUCAUACACAGCACUGUAGUGGACACAGCCAUCGUGUUCCCCCAUCGCCUGGGCUUGCCCUACAAGCGGGCCCUGAGGAACCUCAUGGCAGACCACCUCAAACGCAUCAUACAGGACAGCGUUGAAGGUCAUGACUCCAGUGAGGACGCCUGCGCCUGCAUGGAGCUUAUGAUGUGGAAGAUCCGAGAAGACGCCAAGGUGAAGAGGUGACCUCUGCCUUCUCUUCUCCGCCCACCUCCCCUCUAACCAGACUGCUGCAGACAGACAGGGAGGGAGAGAGGCGGGCGCUGGAGGCCCGGAGAAAGAACUGUCAGUCUGAGAAGCCAUCAGCCCAGCACUUGACAAGAAAGAAGUAGCAGGAACGCUUCAGGUAUUCCAAAACAGCCACAGCACAUGAGUUCUACUGACUGGGAUAGGACCUUGACAGAGGGUGAGAAUAGGCUCCUCUGCAGAGAUCUGCACAGACAGCCAAGUCACUACGUUGCCUGGACAGGUGGGCCAUUGUGAACAGGUGCUGCUCCGGCCUUGUUGGAAUACAGCAGAGCCAGAGCCCUCGAUGGAGCAAGCAGGGAAAGAGCAGAAAUCAGCAGUGUUUUAAUUUACUGUUUACGCAUUUCAUUUAUAAGAUCCAUGAUCAUGAUUGUCACCAGUUUUUGUUGGUAUCUAUUCUUCUCCUCCCGCCAUCUAUUUCUGAAAGACGGGGGGGGGGGGGG